GGCUUGGCGGAUGCCGCUCGCUCUCCUCUAUAUAACCCACGCUCCCCCGCCGCUCCGUCUCCACAACCACACUGCAGCCUCACUCUUCCUCCCACUCGCCGCCGCCGGCAGCCAUGCGGCGCCGCGCAAUCCUCCUCCUCCUGCUGCUGCUGCUCGCGGCGUCGUCGGCGCCAGCGGCCACGGCGCGCGCGCCGUUCGCGUGCGCCCCGGGCGGACCCGCGGCGUCUCUGCCGUUCUGCCGGCGCUCGCUGCCGGUCCAGGCCCGCGCCCGGGACUUGGUGUCCCGGCUGACGCGCGCGGAGAAGGUGCGGCUGCUGGUGAACAACGCGGCGGGGGUGCCCCGGCUGGGCGUGUCCGGGUACGAGUGGUGGUCGGAGGCGCUGCACGGCGUGUCGGACACGGGGCCCGGGGUGCGGUUCGGCGGCGCGUUCCCGGGCGCCACCGCGUUCCCGCAGGUCAUCGGCGCCGCCGCGGCGCUCAACGCCACGCUCUGGGAGCUCAUCGGCCGGGCGGUGUCGGACGAGGCGCGCGCCAUGUACAACGGCGGCGCGGCGGGGCUGACCUUCUGGUCCCCGAACGUCAACAUCUUCCGCGACCCGCGGUGGGGCCGCGGCCAGGAGACCCCCGGCGAGGACCCCGCCGUCUCGUCCCGCUACGCCGCCGCCUACGUCCGCGGCCUCCAGCAGCAGCCUUACGCCGGCGGCCGCCUCAAGCUCGCCGCCUGCUGCAAGCACUUCACGGCCUACGACCUGGACCGCUGGGGCGGCACCGACCGCUUCCACUUCAACGCCGUCGUCGCGCCGCAGGACCUCGAGGACACCUUCAACGUGCCCUUCCGCGCCUGCGUCGCCGACGGCGGGGCCGCCGCCGUCAUGUGCUCCUACAACCAGGUCAACGGCGUGCCCACCUGCGCCGACGAGGCGUUCCUCAAGGGGACCAUCCGCGGGAAGUGGGGGCUCGACGGGUACAUUGUCUCCGACUGCGACUCCGUCGACGUCUUCUUCCGGGACCAGCACUACACGCGCACCACCGAGGACGCCGUCGCCGCCACGCUCCGCGCCGGCCUCGACCUCGACUGCGGGCCCUUCCUGGCGCAGUACACGGAGGCCGCCGUCGCCGCGGGGAAGGUCUCCGACGCCGACGUCGACGCCGCGCUGCUCAACACCGUCGCGGUCCAGGUGCGGCUCGGCAUGUUCGACGGCGACCCCGCCGCGGGGCCGUUCGGGCACCUGGGCCCGCGCGACGUGUGCACGCCGGCGCACCAGGAGCUCGCGCUCGAGGCGGCGCGGCAGGGCGUCGUGCUGCUUAAGAACGGGAGAGGAAAGCACAGGGCCGGCGUCCUGCCGCUGCGCCCGGCGACGCACCGGGUCGUCGCCGUCGUGGGGCCGCACGCCGAGGCCACGGUCGUCAUGAUCGGGAACUACGCCGGGAAGCCGUGCCGGUACACCACGCCGCUGCAGGGCGUGGCGAGGUACGUGAAGCAGGCGGUGCACCAGGCAGGGUGCACCGACGUGGCGUGCGCCGGGAGUCAGCAGCCCAUCGCCGCCGCCGUCGACGCCGCGCGCCGCGCCGACGCCACCAUCGUCGUCGCGGGGCUCGACCAGAAGGUCGAGGCCGAGGGCCUGGACAGGUCCAGCCUGCUCCUCCCUGGACGGCAAGCAGAGCUCAUCUCGGCCGUGGCGAAGGCGGCCAAGGGACCCGUCAUCCUCGUGCUCAUGUCCGGCGGCCCGAUCGACAUUGCCUUCGCGCUGAACGACCCCAGGAUCGCCGGCAUCCUGUGGGCCGGCUACCCCGGCCAGGCCGGCGGGCAGGCCAUCGCCGACGUGAUCUUCGGCCACCAUAACCCAGGCGGGAAGCUGCCGAUGACAUGGUACCCGCAGGACUACCUGCAGAAGGCGCCGAUGACGAACAUGGCGAUGCGCGCCAACCCGAAGAGCGGGUACCCCGGCCGGACCUACCGCUUCUACACGGGCCCGACGGUCCUCCCGUUCGGGCACGGGCUCAGCUACACCCAGUUCACGCACUCGCUGGCGCACGCGCCGGCGCAGCUCACCGUGCAGCUCGCGGGCGGCCACGCCGCCGCGACGUCGCUCCUCAACGCGACGCGCUCCGGCGGCAGCGCCCGCGCCGUGCGCGUGGCGCACGCGCGCUGCGAGGGCCUGGCUGUCCCGGUGCACGUGGACGUUCGGAACGUCGGCGGCCGCGACGGCGCGCACGCGGUGCUCGUGUACCACGCCGCCCCGCGGUCCGCGGCCGUCGCCGGCGCGCCGGCGCGGCAGCUGGUGGCGUUCGAGAAGGUGCACGUGCCGGCGGGCGGCGUGGCGCGCGUGGAGAUGGCCGUCGGCGUGUGCGAGGGGCUCAGCGUGGCGGACCGCGACGGCGUGCGGCGGAUCCCCGUCGGCGAGCACAGCCUGAUGAUCGGGGAGCUGACGCACUCGGUCACGAUCGGCGUCGAGCAGCUAGGGGUAUAGAACGAGAAGCACCGAAGCGCAGGAGGAGGAUGCAGGGUUCAGAGGGUUGUCUGAAUAAUUUGUGUCGUUUUGGGAGGGGGGUGUUGGAUUGCGAUUGCUACGGUGCUUCCGUCUCUACAAAGGUGGAGACGGAGAUCUGAAAUGUUAGAAAAGGCACCGGAUUUACUGAAAAUUGUUGAAAUGAUUGCAAACGAUUAAACUGGAAGGAACACAGAAGAAUGUCGUUUCUUCCUCACAAUCAAUAGUUUCUGUUCUCAA